GCCGCACUGGCUCACCCACACCCCUCACGCCUCCUGCAAACCAGUGAACGCACUGUCCUCUGAAUCUCUGCAACUACAAUCCGGCCUUUAGUGAAAAGAGUUACGUGAUUCUUUUGUUGUGAAUGUAUUUCUGUCUUGAGAAGUUUCGGCAAUUUGCCUAUGAUGUGCGCAAAUAAUAGAACUUGAAAAUUACUAUACGUUUAUAAUGCACUCGAUUACAACUUUUAAACAUCUAAGCUAUGCGACACCGAUUACGUUAAAGGACAUGAAAUAUCGAAAAACUGAAUGUUAGCGUAAAGACAGAUCGUCAAAAUAAGACAUUCUAGUAACGCCAUCAAUCGCAUUGACACGAGCUGGAAAAAAGAAAAAAGAAAAGAAAAAAAAAAAAAAAAACUCAUAAGGCUCUGUGUAUGCAAUCGCCAAUCGAGCCUGACAAUCACCUCCGGCGAAUGUGAGAUAAGUCUGAUUCUGAAAGCCAGCAGUGGAGUCUGCCUGGCCAAAGACGCCACCUGGUAACAUUGGUUCCGCGGCGUUACAAUUGGAACAUAGGCGACUUCAGAGAAUAACUUUAAAAGAGUAUUACAAAAUAAUGGUUCGGAGAGAGGCGCAGAUGAUGAUCGGAAGAUAUCUUGCAGUACAGUGAUCGCUCUUCUCCUCGUAAAUAAAGAGAGUCCAGAAAGGGAAUACUGGAAGUAAGAGACGACUAUUUGGAGUUUAUUCGCCGCCAUUUUGUCGAGGGAAUUGACGCCGAGCUCAUGUAAACAACUCUCAAGAUAUACUAUUGGCUUCUGAAUAAGCUGUCUUGGUAGAAGGGGCGUGCAAAAGCAUAUGGAAAGAUUCAUGACAGAUUCAUGACCACCAAAAAUCUUCAGAACCUUGAUUACAUAAACUGUUGAAAUGUGUUUAUUGAGUGCAUUGGUUGUAAAAUAUCAUUAAACUUCAAGAUUGUGUUUAAAAGUGUAUGAAUAUUUGUCAUAGCUGAUUAUUUUAUUAAAGACAGUAGAUUGAAACUGGUGAAUUGUGUUAUACAAGAAUCUUGACAUGACAAGUCAGUGAAUAUGUUUUUUAUGAGCAAGUACAGAGAAAGCUUCCCGAUGAUCAAUGUGUAGAAAAUGGUUUAUUUAAAUUCUAAAGCUAAUAAAAAUUGUGCAUUCUAAGCCAUUAUGUGAACUUGUGGGUGACAGUGUUAUUUGUACUAUUUAUGGAUAGUACAUGAAUAUCAGCAAAAAAUUAGGACUAGGGAGAAUUGGAAGAUUGUUGGACCACUGAUAACUGCUUCAAAAAGCAGAAACAUGGAGUCCUUACCAACAGAAGACAACCCUAUCCAAGAAGUGUACAUCAAGGAAGAAAUACCAGAUGAUAUAAAGAUAGAAAUUAAAGAUGAAGAGGAAAGCCUAGAUGGAUCUGCUCCCAGUGGGGAUCAAGUGGAAGGCUCCUGUACCACACACAAAUCAGAAAAACUAGACACCACUACUAUUGCAGCAGAAGAGCAAGAGAAGGUUGAUAUUUCCUCUGAUGAAGAAAACCGCUCUGUUUUAUUGCGAUGCUCAGUAUGUAGCAAGAGAUAUCUAACAGCAUCAUCCCUGAGUGCCCAUUUGAGUAAACGACAUCGCAUUACACUAGGUCCUCGUUAUACUUGCCACAUUUGUGGGGCUCUUGGUCAGUCGAAAGCCACACUCAAACGCCACCUCAUAAGAACUCAUGGGGAAGAUAGUAUAGCAAGACCUGAAUUUCUGAGAAAGUGUCGCCAUUGUGGAGAUGGAUUACCCACCCAGACUGCACUGUAUGCACACAUAUCUGCUGCUCAUCCAGAAGAACUUCAUAAUUAUCAUUGCUGUCCAGUGUGCCCAGCCUUGGUCAGCAGUAGACCCUCUCUCCUUCGACAUUUUGGUCGAAGCCAUCCAGGAGCUAAACCCCCUGGACAUGAUGCAGAGCAUUGUGAGAAAUGUGGAGCUGUCUUCAGGUCAUACACUGCCCUCAGAAAACAUCUAAAGGAAAACCAUCCAGAAUCUCUGUUGCAUACUUGCAAGAAGUGUGGCUCAACAUUCAAGUAUUCUUAUCUUCUUGCACGGCAUACCAAAUCUGCCCACAGGGAACGUGUAGUACCUCCACCAAAUAACUGUCACAAAUGUGAUAUUUGUGGUCGAGAAUAUCGCAUUCGGUCCCGACUGGAGAAACAUGUAAAGAUGGUUCACACUAACCCAGAAGCUCGAGUCUUCCGUUGUACAACAUGUAACCUGACAUUUGCAUCAAAUAACCACAGAGUUCAGCAUUACCGUGCAGUGCACCGCAAGCGGAAGCAGCCUCAUUGUAAUGAGUGUGCAAAAUCUUUUGAGACAGUUGAUGAACUCAGUGUUCACAGGCAAGAACAUAAGAUUGAUUGCCCAGUAUGCAAUAAAACUUUUGUGAGACGUGAUACACUCCGAGAGCACCUUCUCAUCCACAACGGUCCACGGCUUCCCUGCCCCUAUUGUUCAAAGACUUUCACGCAAAAUUCAAACCUUAAAAGACAUAUACGAAUCCAUACAGGUGAAAAGCCAUACAAAUGCACGUUUUGCAGUAAAUGCUUCGGUGACAAAUCGGCCUGUAACAGCCAUAUCCGCGUUCAUACAGGGGCUGAGCGGUGCAUGUGUCACAUAUGUGGGGCGUCGUUUUCUAAGCGUCAGAAGUUGACAUAUCAUAUGCGCAAACAUACUGGUGAAGGUCUUCUUCAUUGUCCUCUGUGUACAAAACCCACAACAAAUUCGUAUGCACUAAAAAAACACAUGGAAACACAUCAGCAACCUCUUAUGAAAGUCUUGAGUAGCAUAGGUAUUGAUUCAAUGAUUGAAGACUUCUCAGAGACAACCCUUACAGCAUUACGCAACCUGGCUCAUUUAGCAACCCAGAGGAGCACAGAAUUUGCUUCUAAACAAAAAAUAAAUAAACAGGGAAGUACCAGCAAAGAUAUGAGUAUCCAGGGAAGCAAUACGUACAAAGAAGACUUAGAAUCUUCAGUAGCAGCUCAGCGAGAGAGCAGCAAAGACCAUAUACUUAACUGCAUGGCUAAAGCUGAAAAUACAGAAAUAGAUUCAAGAGAACUGAAAGCUGAGGAAUGUAACAAGAAUGAUAAUAUACAAUCUCCUGAUACAAUUAAAGUAGAUAAUCAUGAAAGAUAUCUUUUGAAAGAUGAUUCCAAGGUAGGUGAUAAUAGCUUAGAGAUUAAUAAUUCUGAUGAACUGCCAGAAAAAUCUAUUGUUUUGACUGAGAAAUUGGAAGAGAGAAAGACAGAAAAUAAGAAAAAUAGUUUAGUUGAAGAUGACAAAGAGCAGCUUGAAUUAGCAAAUAAUGAAGGAUCAACUGUAGCUGCACAGGAGCAGACAUUUGGGUCACUAAUAUUGCAGGGGACUCCAGCGGUUGUACUCAUGCAGUUGAUAGAAAACAUUGUGGAAUCUCAUUUUGGAUCUUUUCAUGCAGAGGAAGUUCGACCAACACUUGGUGAUCAGUUAGUAGAACAGUGUCUUGAGGUAAUGAUGCAUGAUGACACCUCAAGGUCUAGUGAUGAUGGCAAGAGUGGAGAUGCUUGUGCUGAGUCUAGUUCAGUACAUGAUUUAAGUUUGAAUACAGAUGAACAGAAGAUAUCAAGAGCAAAUAAUAACUCCAACAAUAAAGAAAAAAUAGAUGCAUAUACAGCUGAUACUUGGUUAGAUUCUGAUACACAUGUGGAUGAUCAUUUUCAUUCAGGUGAAAGCGAAAGUGAUUUUUAUGUAUAUACAGACAAUACUGAUUUUUGUGACACAAGGUCUAAAAACAGCAUAAAGAAAGAAAAAUAUGACAAGUAUGAUAGGACAACUGAUAGUAAGGAAAUGGGUUUAUUUCAAAGGGAGGUUCUAGGCGAUGACAGUUAUGUAUUUUCCACAUCAACGGCUUCAGGAACAUCAACUGAGAUUGUGCCAAUAUACACAGAAACCAGACUACCCAAUGAAGAUGUAAUACUGUGAUGUUAUAACCAAGAUGGAAAUAGUUAUCUCAGGAAGAUGUAGAAACCUCAAGCCAUGUAGAGCAAGAUUAUAGAGGUGCAUGUACAUCUUACAAAUCAUCUGAUGCAAUUUAGAAAAGAACUUUGUAAAACAGAUUGUUGUAGUGUAGGAAAUAAUGUAGUUAAGUGAAGGUGGGAGUACAUUCUAUGAUGGAGGAUGUACUAACAUGCAUUAUAGAAUAUUAAUUGAAUGUAGAGAGUGUUAUAUAAUUUGAAGAAAUUGAACAAAGGACAGCUCAGCUUACCAGAUACAGA